AUGGUAUCUUUGUACGAUGUAGGGACCACUUGUUGGUACCCAGACGAAAAGUUGGGUUGGAUAGGUGCCAAAGUUGUAUCCAAUAAAUCAGAAGGAAACAAACAUGUCAUCAAAUUGGUUUCUGAACAAGAUGAAUCACAAGAGUUUACUGUGGAAACAGACAAUCUCUCUGAAGACAACGAGAAACUCCCGCCUUUGCGAAAUCCCCCCAUUUUGGAAGCAGCUGAGGAUUUAACCAGUUUGUCUUACUUGAACGAACCUGCUGUUUUGCAAGCGAUUAAAUUACGUUACUCACUGUUGGAUAUCUAUACUUACUCGGGUAUUGUUUUGAUUGCCACAAACCCUUUUCAAAAAGUGGAGCAGUUGUAUUCACAAGAUAUCAUUCAAGCAUAUGCCGGUAAAAGAAGAGGAGAGUUGGAUCCUCAUCUUUUCGCCAUUGCAGAGGAUGCGUACAGAUGUAUGAAACUAGAUGGCCAGAAUCAAACCAUUGUUGUUAGUGGUGAGUCAGGUGCGGGUAAGACAGUUUCCGCCAAGUAUAUCAUGAGAUACUUUGCCUCAGUGGAGGAAGAUACCGACCAAGUUGUCGGCUCUGAACAUAAAUCUGACAUGUCCGACGUUGAAAAACAAAUCUUGGCAACAAAUCCUAUUAUGGAAGCGUUUGGUAAUGCCAAAACCACUAGGAAUGAUAAUUCAUCUCGUUUUGGUAAAUACUUGGAGAUCUUGUUUGACAAAUCAACGUCCAUUAUUGGUGCCAGAGUGAGAACAUACCUUUUAGAGAGAUCUAGACUAGUGUUUCAACCUUCAACUGAAAGAAACUACCACAUAUUUUACCAGCUUUUGGCGGGGUUGGAUCCAGAACACAAGAAAGAAUUGGGAUUAUUGACUGCUGAUGAUUACAAAUACACGAAUCAAGGAGGAUUACCCAAGAUACAAGGUGUCGAUGACGCUGAAGAAUUCCAAACCACUAAAGAGGCCCUUGGGUUGAUUGGUGUCAAUGAAGCCAAACAAAUGGAAAUUUACAAGAUUUUAGCAGCUCUUUUACACCUCGGAAAUAUUGAUAUUGCUGCAACCAGAAACGAUGCCCAUUUGUCAAGCGACGAACCAAAUUUGGCCAAAGCUUGUGAGUUGUUGGGAAUAGAUCCUGUGAGUUUCGCCAAAUGGUGUGUCAAGAAACAAAUUACCACCAGGUCGGAAAAAAUUGUAACCAACUUGAAUCACAAGCAAGCCUUGGUUGCUAGAGACUCAUUUGCCAAGUACAUUUACUCGGCGUUGUUUGACUGGUUGGUUAGUUAUAUCAACUCUGAUUUGUGUCCCGAAGAUGUUGCCGCACAAGUCAAUUCAUUCAUUGGUGUUUUGGAUAUUUACGGGUUUGAGCAUUUUGAUAAAAACUCGUUUGAACAAUUUUGUAUCAACUACGCCAAUGAGAAGUUGCAACAGGAGUUCAAUCAGCAUGUGUUUAAGUUGGAACAGGAAGAAUAUGUUAAGGAACAAAUCGAAUGGUCGUUUAUUGAUUUUGUUGAUAAUCAGCCAUGUAUUGACGUGAUUGAGAACAGAAUGGGUAUACUUGCCUUGUUGGAUGAAGAAUCGAGGUUACCAGCCGGUAAUGAUCAAUCUUGGGUUGAAAAAAUGUAUCAAAAUUUGGAUAAAGAGCCAACAAACAAGGUUUUCAAAAAACCAAGAUUUGGUCAAACAAAAUUCACUGUCAGCCAUUAUGCGUUGGAUGUUACUUAUGAUAUUGAUGGUUUCAUUGAAAAGAACAGAGACACUGUUGGUGAGGGUCAUUUGGAUGUUAUGAAAAACACGACCAAUGAACUACUCAAGGAUGUCCUUGCCAUCGUUGACAAGAAUGCUGCAGAAUUAGAGGCUAGCAAAGCACCAGCAAAGGGCAAACUUGCCAAUAAGAAGCCCACUUUGGGAUCCAUGUUUAAGAACUCCUUGGUCGAAUUGAUGAAGACAAUCAACUCAACCAAUGUUCAUUACAUCAGAUGUAUCAAACCCAAUGAAGAGAAGAAAGCAUGGGAGUUUGAUUCAUUGAUGGUGCUUUCUCAAUUGAGGGCUUGUGGUGUUUUGGAAACAAUUCGAAUUUCAUGUGCUGGUUUCCCAUCCAGAUGGACUUAUGUUGAGUUUGCCGAUAGGUACCACACAUUGGUUCAUUCUGACGACUGGAUUAAGGUCAUGAGGGUUGAAACCACUCAGGAGUCAGUUACUGAUCUUUGUAAUCAAAUCUUGACAUCCAAUGUCAAAGACAAAGGGAAGUAUCAGUUGGGUAAUACCAAGAUUUUUUUCAAAGCGGGUAUGUUGGCUCAUUUUGAAAAAUUGAGGUCCGACAAGAUGUACAAAUCGGCAGUGAUGAUACAAAAGAAUAUGAGAAAACGGUUCUAUAGACAGAGAUAUCUCGAUGUUAGGCAAUCUCACGUUAAGUUGCAAAGUUUGAUUCGUGGAUAUGAAAAGAGGAGACAAAUCAAGGAAGAAAAAGAGCGUGCCGCAGCUACUUUGAUUCAAACGUCAAUCAGAGGACAUUUGGCAAGAAAGCAAUACCUCAAUACCCUCAACUCAGUCGUCACUUUGCAAAAAUCUAUCCGUGGAUUACAAGCAAGAAAGAAUAUCAAAUCAUUGCGUUUGGAAAAGGCUGCAUCCACAAUUCAAAAAUCUUGGAAGGGAUACAGAGAGAGAACGACGUUUGCCAAUACCAAGAAAUCAGCAAUUGUUAUACAAUCUGCAUUCAGAAGACAGUAUGCUUACCGAGAAUUUAAAGCUUUGAAGGCAGAUGCUAAAUCACUCAACAAGUUGCAAGAGGUUUCCUACAAAUUGGAGAACAAAGUUGUUGACUUGACUCAAUCUUUGACGUCAAAGAUUCAGGACAAUAAGGCACUCAUGGAGGAGAUUUCGAAUUUGAAAGAUUUGUUGAAACAACAAGGUCAUGCUCACGAAACUUUGAAAGCAAGGGAAGUUGAGUUCAACAACAAAUUGGACACCACGAGUGCAGAACAUAAACUGGAAGUUGAGAAUUUGAACAAUGAAUUAGCAACCCUCAGAUCUGAAUAUGCAUCGGCUGAAGCCAAGAUUGCUGAGUUGUCCAAGGAACAAUCGGCAUUGAAACAAGAGGUGCAACGCACUCUUGAAGAGUUGAACACCGCCAGGACCGAUUUAGUCAAGCGUGACACAAUUGAAGUUGACUUGAAGGCACACAUUGAACAAUUGAAAGGCGAGUUGGCGCAACUCAACAAUCCCAAGAUUAGAGGGGUGGCCAAUGGCAGCAGCAACAAGCGUCAUAGUAGUGCCGUGGCGUGGAACAAUUCUCCCAGCUCUCUUGAUAAUCCUAGACCAACUUCAGUUAUUGCUGUUUCCAAUGACGGUGAUGCUAAUAUUGAUGAUAUUAAUGAAGAGUUAUUCAAGUUGUUGAGAAACGGGCGUCAAUUGCAUCGUGAAAUAGUGGAAGGGUUGCUCAAGGGCUCCAAAAUCCCUGCUUCGAAUGUUGCCGCUGAUUUGACAAGGAAGGAGGUGUUGUUCCCGUCUAGAAUCAUCAUUAUCAUCUUGUCUGAUAUGUGGAGAUUGGGAUUGACUAAGGAAAGUGAGGAAUUUCUUGGUGAAGUGUUGUCAACUAUACAAAAUCUCGUUUCUGCUUUGAAAGACGAGGAUGUCAUUUCCCAUGGUGCAUUUUGGUUAUCGAAUACUCACGAGUUGUACUCGUUUGUGUCGUAUGCCGAACAAACCAUCAUUUCAAAUGACAACUUGUCUCAUGAGAUGAGCGAAGAUGAGUUUAAUGAGUACUUGAAGUUGGUUGGCGUUGUCAAGGAGGACUUUGAAUCUUUGUCGUACAACAUUUACAACAUGUGGAUGAAGAAGAUGCAAAAGGACUUGGAAAAGAAGGCUGUGUCGGCUGUCGUCAUCUCGCAAUCAUUACCUGGGUUCAUGGCUCCGGAGAGCUCGCCGUUCUUGAGUAAAGUGUUUUCAAGUGGUUCGAGUAGUUACAAAAUGGAUGACAUUUUGCUCACAUUCAACUCGCUAUAUUGGUCAAUGAAGAAUUACUACAUUGAGGAUGAAGUUAUUGUACGCGUGAUUACGGAAAUGUUGAGAUUUAUUGACGCAUUGUGUUUUAAUGAUUUGAUAAUGAGACGUAACUUUUUGUCAUGGAAGCGUGGUUUGCAAUUGAACUACAAUGUCACGCGACUUGAAGAAUGGUGCAACUCGCACGGCAUAGAAGAAGGGUCGACUUGUUUGAUCCAUGUUUUGCAAGCGGCCAAAUUGUUGCAAUUGAGGAAAAACACCAGCGAGGAUAUCGAUAUCAUUUACGAAAUCUGUUUUGCAUUGAAUCCAUCCCAGAUUCACAAGAUCGUUGGUGCGUAUAGCUCAGCUGAGUAUGAGACUCCAAUAGCCCCAGCCGUGAUGUCGUUGGUGGCGGCAAAGACCAAGGAAAGCUCGACGGAUGAAAUUUUCUUGACGGUGUCUGCUGAUGGACAUUUCGAAGAUCCAUUUAGAGAGAUUGAGUUGAGACCAUUUGCCCGUGUUGAAGCUUAUGUUCCUGCUUGGUUGAAUUUGCCUGUUAUUCGUCGUAUCGUUGAGUUGGUUGCUAAAAAUGCUUCAGUCCAGGCGACUAUACUGAACAAUAAAGAAGAGGCUACUAUUGCUGCGUAG